GUCAAAGCACGUCAAAGGUCUGGCACCGUGAAGCGUUCUGAGUUGGUGGAAGAAAAUGAAACAAUUCUCAGUUUUAGUUCCGCCAUUGAAUUCGUGGUAGGUGGUUGUGCUUUGCGGUAUGUAAAAUUAUUCUCAUCUUUUAAUAAAACUACAUUUGCAUCACACAUCAUCCAAAAUGGUUCAGGACUACCUGUCUCCUGUAAGAAUUUACAAAUAUCCGUUCGAGCUUGUUAUGAAGGCAUAUGAAAGGAGGUUUCCAACAUGUCCGCUGAUCCCGGUGGUGCUCGGCUGCGAGGUGAUUGAGGAUAAGACGAGCUCGGACGGAGCCACCCGAUUCACUGAACGCCGCUGCAAGCUCAACGUCGAUGCGCCUUACAUUCUCAAAAAGAUCAUUGGUGUUGACCAUGUAUUCUUCAUCCAGAAAAACGAUCUCAACCUUCGCACCAGAACUCUAGAAAUUGAAGCAUACAACGAGAGCUUUUCAAACAGGGUCUACGUUUUGGAAAAGUGCAGAUAUUUUGUUCACCCAGAUAAUACGGAGUGGACAUGUUUUGAGCAGUCAGCCAGCUUGGACAUAAAAUCCUUCUUCGGAUUUGAAAACUCAAUUGAAAAACUGGCCAUGAAACAGUACUCUGCCAACAUAGCCAGAGGCAAGGAGAUCAUAGAGCAUUACAUCAAGGAGUUGCGCACUGAAGGCAUUGAACACGUACCACGAUGGGUUAGACCACAGAACUCGCCUCAGGAUGACGAAGUAGAAUCCAAGGAAGCAAGUGAAUUGGCAAAUGGGAUUGAAAAGGUAACAGUCUGCUCCAAACCACCCAAUGAACAAAAUUCUUUUCAACAAUCGCCCAAAGAAUGUAAGAACCAACUGGACUCGGACUACAUUCAACGUUAUUUGGGCGAACUGACACCAAUUCAGGAAUCAAGUUUAGUUCAGUUAAGGAAGUGGGUAGCCAAUCUGCAGCGAGGGAAGGUACCCAGUGACACAAUGCUGUUGAGAUUUCUACGCGCCAGAGACUUCAAUGUUGAGAAGGCUCGCACCAUGUUGUCGGAAUCACUAACAUGGCGCAAAAAACACAACGUUGACAGAAUUCUGCAGGAAUACCAAACUCCACAAGUGGUAUCCGACUAUUUCCCAGGGGGCUGGCAUCAUCAUGAUCAAGAUGGUCGUCCGCUGUAUUUAUUACGUUUGGGUCAAAUGGAUGUGAAAGGUCUAUUGAAGACUAUUGGUGAAGAUGGAUUGCUCAAGUUGACUUUGCAUGUAUGUGAGGAAGGUCUGAAAUUAACAGACGAAUCAACACGAUUGAGGGGAAAGCCGAUUUCCACGUGGUGUUUGCUGCUUGAUUAGGAAGGACUGAAUAUGAGACAUCUUUGGCGCCCUGGUAUUAAGGCUCUUCUGAGGAUUAUUGAGAUAGUAGAAGCAAACUAUCCAGAAACUCUUGGCAGAGUUCUCGUUAUCAGAGCACCAAGAGUGUUUCCUAUCCUCUGGACGCUAGUUAGUACAUUCAUUGAUGACACCACAAGAAGUAAGUUCCUUCUAUAUGCUGGCAAUGACUAUCAAGGAGGCCCUGGCGGCUUAACUGAUUACAUUCCAGAAGAAUUCAUCCCUGAUUUCCUAGGAGGCUCCUGUAAAAGUACUCUGCAUGAGGACUCGUAUGAAAUCCCCACUGGACAACUGCAUCCGGAUUCAGUUGCUGCUAUUACAAGGGUGCACGAAGGCAAUCAGAUCCCGAAAUCUAUGUAUUUGACUGAAGGUGAAAUGGAAAGAGAAGGCUUGGCCAUGACGGAAGAAAGCAUUUACCAGUCUGUUAGUCUCAGCAAAGGACAGGUUCAUGAAGUGGCGAUCCCGAUCGAGGACUCGGGCGCGGUGAUCACGUGGGACUUUGACGUGAUGAGGCAGGACAUCCAGUUCUCCCUCUUCCAUCUGCGCGAUUUGAUCGAUGUCGACGAAAAAACUCAGUGCACAUCAGCAGAAGGCGAGCACCGUAGCUCAGUGAUUGAGAAGUCGUGGGAAGAAGGAGUGGACUACAGCUGCGUGGAGCGGCCGAUUGUCUGCCGCAACGGAGAGAGCAUACAGGGCUCACACGUCACCAACAACACCGGCACAUAUGUGCUGCAAUGGCGGCACCAUCAUGCGCACAAUGCGCAUGCGCAUGCACAUGCCCAUCACGACCUACUCACCACACACAAGGCUCAGCUCAUGUACUACCACGAGGUUCUCAGUUCGGCUGACUACAGGGGUUCAAUGUCGAGUUUGCAGUCUGCGAACAGCGCCUGUCCAUCCAGAUGAUGUUUAUAUGAGGACUCGAUUCCAAUGCCAGGAUCCAUUCUUGUCUUCAAAGAAUGAUCGUCGUUUUUUAUUAUCAGACUGAGCUAUGGAAUGUGCAAGCAACGUUCUUGAAAAUUGUCAAUUCUCUGCAAGAAUAUUCUAUGAGUAGGGCUGUGCUAUUAGUUGAUGUGUGUUAUGUUAAUCCUAACCUAACUUAUCGCUCGACUAACAGGUUUAAUCGAGUACCUGAACAUUCCUGAGUAAUGUGUACAGAAAUUAUAUUAUAUCGUGUGUAAAUUAUUGUAUUUCUAAAGAGAUUGUUUAUUUUUCCAUUAGUGAUGCAUGGCUCAAAAAAUUAUAGUAAUUUUAUUCGAAAACUAUUCUUUCAUCAUUAUUCCAUGUUUGGAAGCUGGUUUCAAAUCAAUUAAUAGUUAUAUCAUCUUGAUUUAUACUCUCAGGAACAGGGUUUCUAAUAAUAUUUUAUAUAAAGACCUGUGAUAAUUUCAUUUUCAUUUCGAAUAGCUUUAAUGGUCCCUUGUUAUCUGGCUCUAAUGUGAAUAAAAUUCAUUACUUAAUUGAAACUAUAUUUGUAAUUAUUUUUUAAUGUUUGAUGAUGACGAUGAUGGAGAUUAAUAAAACAUUUUUUUCAUUAAUGUUUUCUUCCUUAAAUCAAGUAGAAUCAAUUCUCUAUGCAUCGAAGUUGAGUCUAAAAGUACAAACUUUACCCAAGCUUCGAAAUAAAUAUGUUACAAGUAACUAUUUUUUUUCAAUACGGUAUGAUCAGCUCUGUUUGAUAUAAAUACAUUUACAACUAUUACACCUUUAAUUUUAUGUAAAAAUUUAUUCAAUCGGUAAUCGUUGAAAACAUGAAAAUACUCAUUGUUCCUCGAACUGAAUUCACUAUGAUUGAAUGAUUUAACAGAAGAAAAGUAAUAAUUGAUUUUGUUGUGAUUGGUCAACCGUUUUUCUAUGUUCAAUGUCGGCUAAGAUUUCUCCAGCAGAGAAAAAUUACUUUUGCCUAAUACAUUGAGAAGAACUAGCCAUUUUUAUCCAUGUAAUUUGGAGCAUAUUCUCUAAUUUUAAGAAUUAUUUCAAUAUAUUUAAAAUUAUUAUCAGAUCACUGUGCUUCCAAGAAUAUUACUUGAUAUUUUCUACUUUCAAAAUCAUUAAUUUCAAAAUGAAUAGAAAUUGUUGGUAAUAACUAUAAAAUUAAUUUAAAUAGAAUUAGAUUUAGUUAACUAAAUAGGAGGGGUCGAGUUGGAACUCAUCGCUCCGUACUCUGUACUAGAGUGAUCCAUAUUAUAAACCCAUCCGUCUUAUAAAUGAAUUUAUGUAACUAGAUGAUAUUUGGUUUUAAAUUUAUAGAUUUUACAAAACAUUAUCAAACGUGUGUGAUUGAAACUUGAAUAUGUAGGUUUAGUUGUGUAUUUAGUGUAUGAGUAUGAAGGGAACACCCGUAUAAGAUUUAUAGUAUAGAAUAAUUAGAUAUAUAUUUCUAUAGAUAUUGGACAAUAUCGACUUACUGUGUAUGUUUUCAUAGUUUCUGUUUGGCGGUUCAAAAUUAAUUUAAUUAUACUCACUAUCUUCUAUUUUUGAUUGCUAAACAUCAAUUUAUUUUCUGUAAAACAAAAACCGUGCAUUCAGUCAAAACUUGAAUCGUUUCUAACAAGUUAAAACGAAAUUAUUUGAAGGAAAACAUUGGAAUCUCAUUUGAAUUUGAUUGAAAUUAUUCAGUUUAAUUUAGUAAACUAUCAGGAAAGGUUUAGCUAGACUCAGUUCAAUCAAAAUAUGGAAUUAUAGCUAUCUAAAUUCCUCGCUGAAGUUUUUUUUUAUUUUAUGUUUUUCCAUUACAAUCUAUUAUUCUUUAUUAUCAAAAUAGCUUCCAUCAUUAUUAAUUGUUUUGCUUUUCAAUGUAAUUGAGAUUUUCAAGGGACCUUUCAAGGAACCAAUUAUUGAUUAAUUGAAAUACCAGGAAGAAUUUAUUGAAAAUUCAUUAAUUAGCAACGUUUUAACAUGUCCAGGAUAAUUAUAGAAUUGAUAGAAAUAUCUAAAACAAAAUGCUUAUUCCUACUGCAUAAUUAUAAAUAAGAUAUUUUCAUGUAAUAAGAACUCUUAUCGGAUACAAACUAUGUAUUAUAAUAUUGUUGAAUGAAUUACAAGAAUAUAUAUGUCGUUAACAAAACCUCUGCAAGGCUGUAGCCUUAAGUUAUAAAACCAAAAUCAAAGUAUCUUGUCUCUUGACUUGAGAAAACAAUUGAGCUCUCUAUAUUUAUUUGGUAGAUACCAUUAAAACGUAUGCUUCAGUCAAACUUAUUCAAUCACAAGAAUAUUGAUAACUGUACCUACUAAAUGAUGAAAGACUUACACACUUAAUAUGUAGGCUAUAUACUUGAAAAUGACAUGAGUGCUUGAAACUAAUUGUGUUUAUAUAAAAUUGUAUAAAGAGGGUACUAUUAAUUUCUAUAAUAAUUGGAAAUACUGUAUUUCAUCUUUAUCAUCUCUCAAAUAAACUCCACAAUAUGCAGGUUUACGUUCUAACUCAUAAUUUCUUUAAGAAUUAGAGACUAUGAUGUAGCUUAUUAUUUUAAAUUUGCCAUUCUUGCAAUAGUUAUGUUGUGAAAAGUAUUGUGAUUUUAUGAAUAGCCUCCUAUUUGAUUCUACACAUUCACCUAUGUUUUAAGAUAUCUUGUUGAGGAAAUAUAGCCCAAUAGUUAACUCUUCACCUUGAAGUACUCCUUUUGGAAGUGUAUCUGAAGGCAACCGAGCUUUGCAACGUGGAUUUGUGGAGGUGUUAUCAAUUUUUGAGAAUUUGCUGUGGGUUGAAAUAUUCUAAUCAAUAUUCCACUCUUUCUCUCCCCGACCUUCUUUUCUAGUUAGUCAGGUCAGUAUCUUCUCUUCAUCGAAUAUAAAUAAAUUAUUAUAAUACAAUAUACAAAGAUCGAAAUUCAAGACAUCAAAUUCAAAUCACCGUCCUGAUAAAAGAUGCGUUUUUACUGGGGCCAAAAAUAUUUGUUGGGAGCAGUCAACGAAGUCUUCAACUCAGAUGACUCAUGAUAAUGUUAUCAACCAGAUCCAAGAUAAUUACAUUCCAAUUACCUUGGGUGAAAAAGCAUCUUUCAAUGAUUCCUGCCAGUCUGGGUGCUAUAAUUCUUGACAUUAAUAAUUGUUUAAUUACAGUGAUGUUAAUUCAAUCGUGACGAAAUAGUCUUCAAAGUAGGCUACAAAUAAUUAUCCCAUUUUGAACUUUGAUAGUUCACUCUUUUCUUAUAAGGGACAAAUAGGCUACAAAUCAACCACAAUCUAGAGGAUAAUCCAGACCGAAAGAAUUUCUACCUCAAUGAGGAUCCAUGGAAUAAUUUUAUAAAUUAUAGAUUUUAAUUAACUUAUUCUAUUGAUAACAAUCAAUAAUUAUUAUUCAUUCUACAAAUAUAAUAAUUUCAUAUGAAUACGUACCUUCCUUGAUAUUAUUUUUAGAUUUGAUUGUCUCCUAUUUUAUCUGUAAUCUUUUUAAUUUUUAAGAAAUUUUCAGAUCAAUUUUAUUCAUCCACCCCUCUUGUAGCUGUCAAAUAUAGAAUAUAUAUGUAGGUUAAUUUUAAAUAUUUAUUGAUUGGAUGCCACAUAUUUUAGAGCUUGGUAUUAUUUAUAAGUCUUUCAAUGAUGUAUAUAUAUUUUUUCAAAACCUCCCCUCCUUUAAAGUAUUUUUAAAAGCAGCUUUAGAUGUGAUCAUGAUUUUUAUUUCAAAUGUAGUGCAUUUGAUACUCAUGGUCCUCGUGGAGAAAAUUAUACCGAAGUGAUGAUUCUCUACGGUUUAAUUAUUUUAACAUAAUUCAUAAAAGUUCAGUACCUGUACUGAAUUGUUGAAAGAAUUAUAAAUUACAAUAAUUUUAUAUGAAUGUUUAAAUUAAAUAAAGCAUGUGUGUGUUUUAAUAAUAAAUAAACGAUUGUGAGAGUAUGUUAGUGAAAUAUUGUUUAAGAAACUACAUUAAAUGUGCUGUUGAAUUUGAUUAUUAGAUGGAUUUAUUGUGAAAUAUUGAAAUAAAAAUUACGUUUCGUAUGAAA